CUCUCCUCUUUCCGUUAUUCCUUCUUGAAAAUUGAUUAAUCUCCUGUUGUACACAAAAUCGGACCUAGGGUUUGCAUGGUCAUUCUUCCAUUCCAUUUUACAGUAGUGAUCUAAAUCAACAUUCGAAGUUUUUUUAUAAUUGGAUAUUCAUUCUUUGUCGAUUUCGCAACUUGCUCUGAACUUGCGAGUCCAGCAACAGGUCGAAUUCCCGUAGCAAUGGAUCAAUCCAGCAAUAAUGUCGUUGGAGUUGAUAAUACUUUUCGGAAGAAGUUCGACAAAGAAGAGUAUCUGCAGCGUGCUCGUGAACGCGAAGAGAAGGAGGCGGAUGGUCGGAAAUCUAAGUCAAGAGGACCUCCAGUGCAAAGGAAGCCCUUGAAACCAAGAGAUUAUCAAGUGGACCUCGAAUCUCGUUUGGGAAAGACUCAGGUGGUUACUCCAAUUGCACCAUUAAGUCAGCAGGCUGGAUAUUAUUGCCCAGUAUGUGAAUGUGUGGUGAAGGAUUCUGCGAACUACUUAGACCAUAUCAAUGGGAAGAAACAUCAACGAGCUUUGGGUAUGUCUAUGCGGGUAGAAAGAUCCUCUUUAGAACAGGUCCAACAACGAUUUGAGGCAUCCAAGAAGCAUAAAGAUACAGGAAGCUUUACUGUGCAAGAUUUUGAGGAGCGAUUGUUGAAACAACAGCAGGAAGAGGAAGAAAGGAAACGUCAACGUCGAGAAAAGAAGAAAGAGAAGAAGAAAGAGAAGGCUGCAGAGGAGGAACCUGAAAUAGACCCUGAAGUUGCAACUAUGAUGGGAUUUGGGGGUUUUGGAACUUCAAAAAAGUGAUCACUUUGGCCAUCGAUCUCUCGCGAGAAUAGCUUGGACUGGAUAAUCUGCCAGAGGCGUGUGCUUUAUUUUGGAAUGGUCUAAAAUGUGAGAAAUUCCAUUUUAAGUAGUAGCCAAGCAGUUGAGGUUUGUCAAAUCUCAUGUUUGUCAAUCCAGCCUCCAGAAUUUUCUCAAUGAAUGAUUGUACCACUGGUUUGGAGUAUAGAUGGCAUCUCCAAUUGUUCCUUGCUGAUUGAAGAGUCCUAAAUCGCUCUGCACCACUGUCAUCCACAAUGCAGAUUAUUUUCAUAUGCUUAAAAGAAAUACUCUUACUUUGGGUUUAAAUCCAGGUAAUGAAGAACAUCAAGAAGGUUUGAAAGUUCUCGACAAGAACGUAAACUGUGGUUCAAUGAGUGGUUGAAAGGGACGGAGCCAGAAGCACGUUAACGAGUUCGGCCGAACCCAGUAGCUUUUGCUCAAAUACUGUAUUUGUGUUAAGAAAUUUAUUAAAAAUGUACAAAUAUUGAAUUUAGAACCCAGUCAUGAAGUUGUCAUUCUAUAAUCCGGAACCCAUAAAGUUGAAUGGAUAAUUUUUUUUAACUUUUC